GUGUUGGUAGUCUGUAAAGGCGCCUCAAGCAAGACAAAUCAAAUAAAUUCCAACUACGAGUCUCGAAAAGUGCUUAAAUUGAUGCUUGAAAUUUUUGUGUUGUGUUUUUCUCAUCAUUAAAACGAAAAGUUGGGCCCUGGAACAUCAAAACACUGUGCAAUGCUAUAACGCCAACUUCUGUUAGCAGUUCCAGAUGAGCAUUGAAAAUAUGAGGAGAUAAAGGUUAAGCUUUCCUUGAUUCUUACAUUCUUGAAACCUUUUUACCAGUUAUUUUUAUCAUUAAUCUUUUUACUAUGGAUACUACUACUUACUUUGUGGUGAAGCAACUUUUGUAUUAUUAUUGAUAAGAAUGAGUGGGUUUCCGACUUCUGGACGUGGUGGCCGAGCCCGCGGUCGAGGAUAUGGUGGUGGACAGUGGAGAGGUAGGGGGAACAAUUGGAGAGGAAGAGGAAGUAGAGGAGGCAGAGGUGGAUGGCGAGGAGCUCAGAGUCAAGGUGCUGGCAACACCAACAGUCAUAAUAAUUCCAAUAAUGACAGUUUUCAAAUAGUAGCUCAGAACUCUCAAUCAUCACAGCAAAGAAUAACAUCCCUAUUUGACAUUGUACCUGGCCCUUACAGAGGCUGGAAGUUAUAUUUUCAUCUGGAAGGGUAUGCAGAAGGAUCAACGACAGUUAAAAAAAUUAAAGCAGUAGAAACAUUUAUCAAAAAGCACCGUCGAAUGUAUCCUCCAACCGAAGUUGAAGAGAGGCGAUCGUAUGCCCUUGAUAUUAAACUAAUAUCUUCUGAUGAGAACUUUAAAACUGAGUGGCCCACUUUCAAAGAUGAUCUUGAAGAUGAGCCAGAACAUAGCAUAGGCUGCUUGGGGCUCGGAAUGCAUCAGGUGGUUUUGUUAGCUUUGGAAGAAGAAGCACGUGCUCAACUGACCGAUCUUGAGAGAGCUCAACUACCCCCCCACAAUCUUGCUGCCAUUCGAGCAAGGAUUCUAAAUCAUGAACCAGUUCUACAGCUAAAAACUUUAAAAUCAAACUAUUUUGGUAAACUUGUUUCUGUGCGGGGGACUGUUAUUCGUGUUGGUAAUUUAAAAUUGUCAUGUGUUUGGAUGGCAUUUUCCUGCAAUACGUGCAGUAGUAUUCAGUGUGUACGACAACCUCAAGGAAAGUAUACUUUGCCUACAAAAUGUAGUUCUGAUGGUUGUCGGGCUCGUUCCUUUGCUCCAAAGCAUGCCUCUCCUUUUACUCAAACUGUAAACUAUCAAUCAAUCCGGCUUCAAGAAAUUUCUGACGAUGAACAUAGAGAAGGUGGCCGAGUACCAAGAAGUGUAGAGGUAGAGCUCAUGGAGGACCUGGUGGACUCGUGUGCGCCGGGUGACGUUGUCACUGUAACAGGUAUUAUAAGAGUUCAUAAUACAGAGGAAUCUUCUAAUAAGCAGAAAAAUUCCAGUAUGUUUCUACUUUACAUUGAAGCUGCAUCUAUAAUGAACAACAAAAAAAAUUCUGCAGGUGGAAAAAGUUCAGUUGGGGUUGAGUUUAACUUGAAGGAUUAUUAUGCAAUACAAGAAAUACAUGCCGAACCAGCACUGUUCCGUCUUCUUGUAAACUCACUUUGUCCCAUGAUUUUUGGACAUGAGAUUGUAAAGGCAGGCCUUCUUCUUGCGUUGAUAGGGGGAGCGCAGUUUGCAGGACGUGAUAGUAGAAGUGACUCUCAUAUUUUGGUUGUUGGUGAUCCAGGCCUUGGGAAAUCUCAAAUGCUGCAGGCAUGUGCUAGCGUUGCUCCUAGAGGUGUUUAUGUUUGUGGCAAUACCAGCACUACAUCCGGUUUGACUGUAACCCUUUCAAGAGAAAGCGGUGGAGAUUAUGCUCUGGAGGCUGGUGCCUUAGUCCUUGCUGAUCAAGGCAGUUGCUGUAUUGAUGAAUUCGACAAAAUGUCCACUCAACAUCAAGCCCUGUUAGAAGCAAUGGAACAGCAAAGUAUUUCUAUUGCCAAGGCUGGUGUCGUUUGUUCUUUACCAGCAAGAACCUCAAUCUUAGCUGCAGCCAAUCCAGUUAGUGGCCAUUACAACAGAGCUAAAACUGUGUCUGAAAACCUUCGUAUGGGCCAAGCUUUACUUUCUAGAUUUGAUCUUGUUUUUAUUCUAAUGGAUCAGCCAAAUGAACACCUUGAUAAUCUUCUCUCUGAGCAUGUAAUGGCUCUUCACUCUGGUUUUGGUUCUCGGGGUAGUGUUAGCGGUGCCUCAUCUAGUCAGUCUAAAACAAAUGUUGCUGGAGAUGGAGAGGUACCAUUAAGUGAGCGCCUAAGAUUGUACGCCAAUGAAACUUUUGACCCAAUUCCACACCAGUUACUUCGGAAGUAUAUUGCCUAUGCACGGAAAUAUGUCAAUCCUACUCUUUCUGAAGAUGCAAGCGCUGUUCUCAAGCAAUUUUACCUAGACUUGAGGAAGAAACACCACACUGCUGACUCUGCUCCUGUAACAACAAGGCAACUCGAAUCACUAAUUAGAUUGACUGAGGCCAGAGCUAAGUUGGAGCUUCGUGAAAAGGCCACUUAUCAAGAUGCCUUGGAUGUAGUGGAAAUAUUUCGUUCUAGCUUAGUUGACUCAUUUGCUGAUGAACUAGGUACACUUGAUUUUAAUCGCUCUCAAAAUGGAUCUGGCAUGAGUAGCAGAAACAAGGCUAAAAAAUUCAUUGCUGUAUUGCAACGUCGUUCUGAACUGCAAUCAAAAUCUUUGUUCUCUGCUGCUGAAAUGCGUGAAGUAGCUCAAACUUGUGGUGUCAUGGGUGCAGAUUUUUUUGACUUUGUUAAUACUCUGAAUACACAAGGAUUUCUUCUUAAGAAAGGAAAUCAGACAUAUCAGUUAGUUUCAGCUGGUCAUUAAUAUAAAAUGCAAUCUUCAUGCAACUGGUAUUUUAUUCUAGUUUUACCAUUUUUUAAAUGUUAUUUCAUUAAUGAGGGUGCUCUAUUUUUAUUUUAUUUUUGUUCUAUUUUUCAACUACUCCCAUAGAUAUAUUUUGAUAAAAGGCAUUAAAAUAAUUUUCUUGAAAUAUA